CUCACACUGCCCUGUGUCCUGGGGAUAAUAUAAAACAGGUCCGAACCCUCUUGCCUGUGUACGCAGUUCACCCCAAGAAGCAGCCGCUCCAGGAACCAAGGCGCCAUGCAGCCCCGGCUGCUCCUUCUUGCUGCCUUCCUGGCGCUCCUGGUCUUGCCUGAAGCUACCAAGGCCGAGGAGGGAUCCCUUCUGGACAAGAUGCAGGGCUAUGUGAAGGAGGCCACCAAGACCGCCAAGGAUGCCCUGAGCAGCGUUCAGGAGUCCCAGGUGGCCCAGCAGGCCAGAGACUGGAUGACUGAGAGCUUCAGCUCCCUGAAAGACUACUGGAGCUCGUUCAAGGGCAAGUUCACGGACUUCUGGGAAUCUGCCUCCAGUCCCACACAGUCUCCACCCUGAGGCCGUCUGAGAUCUCAGUACCCCAAGUCCACCUGUCUAUCCAUCCUACUAGCUCCUUGGGUCCAGGAGCCUCCCAGGGCUGCCCCCAAAGUUCACUUACAAGAGCAGCAUUCUCAAUGCCCUCCCACCCCACCCCAGACCUGGCCCACCCCGAUGUGCUGGCCUGCCAAUAAAGCUGGAUGAGAAACUGC